AUGAAGAGCUUCUCGAAGCGCGAGGCCGACCGGAGGACGUUCUUGGAACAGGUCCGGGAAAGCAAGGAGAAUGGCUACCUCCUCUCUUCCAAGAAAAUCGGGUCGGGGGCUUUCUCCAAAGUCUACCUGGGUUACGCCACCCAGGAGAAGAUGAUGCAGAACUACAAGCUGGCUUCAGACCUCAGGAAUAAGCGGCACUCCAUGGUUGCUAUAAAGAUAAUUUCAACAGCAGAGGCACCGGUGGAAUAUACCAAAAAGUUCCUUCCAAGAGAAAUCUACUCCCUGAAUGUUACGUACAAGCACCUAAAUGUGAUCCAGCUCUAUGAGAUGUAUCGGAACAGUAAGCGCACCUACCUGGUGCUGGAGUUGGCCUCCCGGGGGGACCUCCUGGAGCACAUCAACGCCACGUCUGACCGGAGGGAGUAUCCUGGCCUGGAGGAGGAGGAGGCACGGAGGCUUUUCCGACAGAUUGUCAGUGCUGUUGCCCAUUGUCACAACGUUGGCAUUGUCCACAGAGACUUGAAGUGUGAGAACAUUUUAUUGGAUGAACGUGGCUUCAUUAAACUGACAGAUUUCGGCUUUGCCAACCGCUACUCCUUGAAGAAUUCUCUGAUGAGCACCUUCUGUGGCUCUGUGGCCUACACCGCCCCCGAGAUCCUCAUGAGCAAGAAAUACAAUGGGGAGCUGGCUGACCUAUGGAGCCUUGGGGUGAUCCUCUACGCCAUGGUGACAGGGAAGCUCCCCUUCAAGGAGCGCCAGCCGCACAAGAUGAUCCACGUCAUCAAGCAGGGCCUGGCCUUCCGGCAGCCGAUCUCACCAGAAUGCCAGAAUCUCAUCGAGGGCCUGUUGCAGCUGAAGCCGGCGGCCCGACUGGGGUUGCAGCAGGUGGCCACGCACCGCUGGAUGCUCCCGGCUACCUCGGCCAUCUUCCACCGGGUGAUGAGCUCCAUGGGAGUCCAUCCGGAGUGCUCCAUGGGCCAAGAGAAGCCUCAGACGGCACCAGGCGACGUUGGCAGCCCUUCGGCCCAGCUGCCGGACCUCGAGAGCCCCGCCAAGAGCCCCGAGGGCCCGGCCAAGGAGAGCAAGGUCCUGCCGCCCACCCGCGCCUCCUCGGCCGCGGGCGCUUUCCCGCCCCGGGCCAAAGCUGAGAAGAAGAGCCCGCCGGUCACGCCAGCCAACUGCGUGCUGCAGCUGCCCUCGCCGCGCAAGACGGAGCGCCCGCCGCGCCUCUCGCUCUACCGGCCCAGCCUGCUGACCACCCUGCAGCCCUUCCACCACCUGCCCAACUUCCGCAAGCCCGGCUCGGGCUUCUCGGCCAGCGCCUACAUGACCAACAAGCAGCUCGGGGAGAAGGCGCCCGCCCGCGCUGCCGGCCUGGGCAGCGCCUCGCCCAGCCUUUCCAAGCAAGUCCACUCCCUCUACAGCAUGACGCCCUGCCCGUGACGCACCUGCCCCAUGCCUGGGCCGCUCGCGGUGGCAGCCCGGCCCAUCCACCCGGGGCAGCGCUCGGCCCGAUGCCCGGGACCCCCGUCGCCGGACGAGCCC